AUGCUGGUGAGCGGGAAAGAGGCGACUUCGCAUCUUGACUCCGAAACCAUCGCUCGUCUGCCGCUAUUCGUCAGAAUGGGACUCGUAGACUACGGCUCAGACUCAGACUCGGACUCUGGCUCGCCGCCGCCGCAGAACAAGCCGUCGACGAAGCCUGCGACCGCCUCAUCAGCUCCGACGUCCCUCCUUGGCCUUCCGCCGCCCAAGUCCUCCCUGAAUCUGCCAGCGCCCAAGAGUAGUACGACGACACCUCCAGCACCAGCGCCGCAACCCCCAAAGAAGGCGAAGGACAAGGGACCCGUUCGCAUCCUCCUCGACCUCCCUCCACCUUCCGCCUCGUCUGCUGCGUCGAGAGCCGACGAUGAUUCAGACGAGCCGGCGAAGAAGCGACCGAAGUUGUCUCUCGGUAGCGGCAAUGGAGGCGGAUUGACCGGGCUGGCGGCCAUGCUGCCCAAGCCAAAGAACGAAUCCAAGGCCGCACCUCCGCCUCACAAGCCCGCGCCAGCACGACCCGCUGCCGGUCUCGCCGGACUGGACGAGCUGUUUGGCGGGAAGGAUGGUGCAGAGGGAGCGAGCGGGUCGACAGGCGCUUCAACUGGUCCGCCCAGCGGACUCUUCGUUCCGCCGUCUGUCUCGUCGAAAGGAAAGGGCAAGGCGUCUGCGGCGGCGAGCGAUCGACCUGCACCAUCAGUAGCACCUUCGGAGCCUGCUGUCGACUUCUUCGGCAUCGGCUCCGUUGCGUCUCCCGCCGCGCCAUCGUCCUCAGCCUCCUCCUCGUCCGGGCAGCCUUCCCUUUCCAUCUCUUCCGCGCCCUCGCUCUCCGCCGCACCAUCCGUCUCCUCCGCCCCGAAUCCCAAAACAUCCUCAUCCGCGCCCUCCUUCGGCACACCCACCGCCUCCGACCCCUACCCCGGCUUCACCCAGCUCCCCUCAGGCGAAUGGGUCGCGAAAGACCAGCAGACGUACGAGAUGUGGAUGGCUUGGAUGGCUCAGCAGCAUUACGGUGUUCCGGAGGGAUUGGACACGAAGGAUGUGGAGGCGAAGGGUGGCAUGGUUGAUGUCAAUGAGGAAGAGCGGAGAGCGAGGGAGGCGUGGGCGAAUAGGCCGGGACAGCUCCCGCCGAGCAAGGUUGUGGGCGGAGAGGAGAAGACGUCGGCGCAGCUCAAAGGGGUCCCGAAGCAGAUUGGCGGAAUGGCCCGGCGCAAGGGUCAGCUCUCGUCUCUCCUCGCAGCCGCACACGACAACCGCGCCGAGCUCGAGGAGCGGAUCGCGCAGGCGAGGGCCAACAGGAAGGGCGCGGGAAGCAAGUACGGCUUCUGA